AUGAUUACUCCAGAGAACAGCGCGUGUCUGACGUCACGGGAAUCCUUUGAUCUCAUUAACACAUUAACACUGGAUAAUUACUGCCAGAACUCUAACCCUGACCAGAACUCUAACUCUGACCAGAACUCUAACCCUGAUGACCAGAACUCUAACCCUGAUGACCAGAACUCUAACCCUGACCAGAACUCUAACCCUGAUGACCAGAACUCUAACCCUGAUGACCAGAACUCUAACCCUGACCAGAACUCUAACCAGAACUCUAACCCUGACCAGAACUCUAACCAGAACUCUAACCAGAACUCUGACUCUGACCAUAAGUAA